AUGGACAAGUUAAAACGCACUUUCACGCAGGUCCGGGACCCACAACAGGCGACCAAUGACAAACAAAACGAAAUUAUGCAAAAACAGGAACAAAAGAGCGGAGAAGUAACGCAACCGGGCAAAGAGGGGCAAAGAGUUCGAGAUCCUGUCACGGGUGAAGAGAUGGAAAUCAGGGACGCAACCGAAGAACCUGAAGAAAUUAAACUGGGUGAAAACGUUCUCAAGAUGGAGUUCCCUCCUCCAGAAAUUGGAAGUCAACGCGAAUAUCUCUUGUCACUAUUGAGUACAACCGUAUCUCGAAUGACUCUGGCAUUUACCAUCUUGCCUAUUAUCACCUUUUCGGUUUCACCACCGGCCUUCACCUCGCGUCCCUUGCUCCUCCUCAUACCUUCUCUCGGCAUCCCUGCUGCGUUGUCACUUUUAUGGAUGUACAGGAUGCAGAGCAAAGGCGAGGAUGAUGCGGAUAGGCGAGCAUGGGAGGUCGAACGACGAAGAGGUCUCCAGGCGGGUUAUGACAAGGACAAAGACGGAAAGAUUGAGGCAGAUGAGAAGAUCAAGGAGAGUGCCGAAUGGCUCAAUAGUCUCUUGGGAGGACAUUCCGUCCGUAUAUCUGAUUUGGGACUGGGCAAGAAUCCAAUUCGAAUCACUUCAUUGCGCGCGCUUCCAGAUGCUGAAAUGCAAGAAGUUACCCAGUCCCUUAAAGAGGAAGACAGAGAGCAAAUCCAAGGGGAACAUGUCAACUAUGAAUUGAGUUUUGCGUACCGAGCUGCUCCCAAUAAGACCCAAUGGUCGGAAAAGGCGGAGAAUAUCCAUUCUACUUGGGUAUCAAAGGACUUGAUGCUGUACCAAUACGUAAGCCUUUCCCUAUGUUGGUGUGCAUUUACUGAGGAGUGGGUACAGCUGUCUGGGCUGAGAUUACUGGGGUGGUUGGAACAGCUAGAAUGCGCAUUGAACUCAUCCCGGAUCCUCCCUUGGCUUCCCAAAGUUUCCAUUGCUAUUACACCUUUACACAAGAAGCUGCUUCCAAAUAUGAUGGAUAUACCAUUCAUUUCUAGAUUUAUCUCCGAUGCUAUCAACGCUGCGGCUCGAGAGUAUGUUGCCCCCAAGAGCAUGAUUCUGGACCUGCAACAACUGCUAAGUGGAGAUGGAAUCAAGAGAG